AUGUUGCAGUGGAAGCUGCUGUGGGCGGCCGUGCUGGUGGCCGUGCUCUCCACGUGUCAUGCAGAUGCAAACCGUGAGAGAAGCAAACGUGCGAUAGAGAACAGCCCACAGUUCCAGGGUUACAUCUAUGAGCCACCAUCUAAGCCUUUUACUUUACCCUCUGAAGGAUCACGGACAAGCAUAGUAACGUUAAGGCCAACGACGGUGACAUUGCCACCGUAUACUUAUACAACUCCGAGAACUCCAUUCCCGACGCCGCCUAGAACACCACCACCGCCACCAAGAACCCCACCAUCACCACCAAGAACGACAACACUGACAGAUGGAUAUACAUAUACAACUCCGAGAACUCCAUUCCCGACGCCGCCUAGAACACCACCACCGCCACCAAGAACCCCACCACCACCACCAAGAACGACAACACGUGUAGUGACAGAUGGAUAUACAUAUACAACUCCGAGGACUCCAUUUCCGACACCGCCUAGAACACCGCCACCACCACCAAGAACCCCACCACCACCACCAAGAACGACAACACGUGUAGUAACAGAUGGGUAUACAUAUACUACCCCAAGGACUCCAUUCCCGACACCGCCUAGAACACCACCGCCGCCGCCUAAAACACUACCUCCAGUAACCACAGGAGGAUACGUUUAUUCAACUCCAGCUACAGAGUUUACGUUGCCACCGAAAACACCACCACCAUAUACACGUCCCCCACAAACUCCACCUCCGAGAACGCCACCACCAUAUGUACCACCCCCACAAACUCCACCUCCGAGAACGCCACCACCAUACUUACCACCUGUCAAGACUCCUCCUCCGAGAACUCCGCCACCGAGAACGCCACCACCAUAUACACGUCCCCCACAAACUCCACCUCCGAGAACGCCACCACCAUAUGUACCACCCCCGCAAACACCUCCACCAAGAACGCCACCACCAAGGACACCACCUCCGCAAACGCCACCACCAUAUACUCCGCCUCCCCAAACUCCUCCACCAAGAACACCACCACCAAGGACACCACCUCCGCAAACGCCAAGUACGAGAGGAUAUGUAUAUACUACACCAGGAACAGUCUUUACGUAUCCUCCCGUAACCAGAACACCACCACCUCCUCCACCCCCACCUAAAACCGCACCUCCUUACCUGCCGCCAUCUUCAGCUAGACCUCCUUACGUACCCCCAACUCCAAGGACAACAACAGAAAUAGAUACAGAUUAUGGAGCUGGAUCAUUUGAGACUGGAAUUGGAACAUAUACUACGAGACAGCCGUCUACCGCGAGAACUACGACAAGAAUUCCUACACAAUACACAACGCAACCUACCACUCGAUUCAGUACGAGAGUUACUGCUCAACCAUCUACUUACCUUCCGCCUUACUCUACGCCAUCCACUAAAUAUACCCCAACUGUAUACACGACAACUCCUUCCACGACCAGAUACACUCCAACUACGACUAGAUACACUCCAACCCCGACUAGAUACACUCCAACCACGACUAGAUACACUCCAACCACAACUAGAUACACUCCGACCAGAUAUACUCCAACCACGACCAGAUAUACGCCCACCACAAGCAGAUAUACACCUACCACAAGCAGAUAUACGCCUACCACUACAAGGUAUACACCAACGACCUAUGUGCCUCCCCCGGAAACGCCGAAAACCCGACCACCACCGUAUCUUCCCCCGUCAACCCCGAGGCCGGUAUAUCCAACCGUGACGGCUCCGCCGCCACCCUCGCCCAUUUACAGCAUCACACCCAGCACGCCGACCUUGCCACCACCAACCGGAAGACCGGCACCACCCCCAACUCUGCCGCCCACGACAGCUAAGCCAUACGUAGGAUACAAUUACCCGAUUCCCGACAUCCCGUUUGAAACUCGCAAACGAUGA